AUGGGUCUCUCCGACUUUUUCUCUGACGUUGUCUCCUCCUUCGGGUUCACCGAGGCCCAGGCUGAGGCUCCCGCUCAAGACACCGAGACCGAGACCACCACCCAGGAAGAGCCCGCCGAGAAGGAGGAGGCCGCCUCCACCGAGAGCGCCGAGACUGAGCCCGCUGAGGAGACCCCCGCUGAGGAGGAAUCUUCCGAGGAGGCUCCCGAGGAAGAGGAGGCUGAGGCCGAGGAGGAGGAAGAGGAAGAAGAGGAGGAGGAGGAGGAGGAGGAGGAGGAUGAGCCUGAGGACAUCAAGCCCAAGCUUGAGGAGGAGUGCGCCCACUCCGCCGUCUGCGCUCCCUACAAGCACCACUACGAUGAGUGCGUCGAGCGCGUCACCCGCCAGGAGGAGGAUGAGGAUUACAAGGGCCCCAAGGAGGACUGCGUUGAGGAGUUCUUCCACCUCACUCACUGCGUGACCGCCUGCGCUGCCCCCAAGCUCUGGAGGGAGCUGAAGUAA